AUGUUGCAGUUAUUUCUUGACUGGACCGUCAGAGAAGCUUACAAAGUGCCAUUUUCAUUUCGAAUUACUGAAAUUGACUACACUCCUGAAUUCGGGGAUUCACAAAGCGGAAAAUACAGAAAAUUACGCGAUCAACUUGUACCUGAUUUAGAAGAAAUAUUUGGGUCGUUGUUUGGACACGCAUAUGAAGGCUUACACUUUGUGAACUUCUUGAAAGGUAGUGUAAUAGUUGAAGGUGUCAUUUAUACAUCAACUAAAUCUGAAGAUAUGCAGCAGUUAGCUACAGAAUUCGAGCAACAAGUUACCGCUAGGAACUCACAAAUUGGUGGUAAUGAUGUAGAUCCGCGGUCCAUUACUCUUGAUGGAUAUGUAUCGAAAAACUAUAUUGAAAGGGUGCAUGAAGGCUACAGAUCGAGCAGUACUUCGUCGUAUAUUGUUGGUGGUGGAAUAGCUAUUGGAAUAUUAGCUAUAUUAGUGAUAUCAUUCGCUGUUAUUGCGAUGAAUAAUAAGCGAACUAAUGGAUCGCUGAAGUUAAAGGAAGAAAAUAUGGCAAUGACUGAGGGUGGUCGAUCUCCGUGGCAGAGCAGUACACCGUCGGUGAAUUUAAUGAGUUAUGGUAGCGGACAUGGAAUGCAGGGAAAUAAUUCAAGCAACUCCCAACCACCUAUGGUAAUGAUGGGUUCACAAAUGAGUGCCAUGCAAAUGCAUGCAGCUGCAGCUCGACUUACUCAGCCUCGACCUUAG